AUGUCUGACGGACUCAAUGAUGCCCGAGCGAUGCGGAUAGCAGAGAUUAUGACAGACUUCCGCAACCUGCAGCACUACCUGAGCCAAUUGCGCGUUACACCGACCGCGGAGGAAUACUACCUUGAAGGAUACUCACUGCUUCGAGCCUGCGCGACCGAAGCCCAGACCACCCUCCAAACACCCUUCUCUGCCAGUACAGGGGCAUCUUCGGGGAACCCGGAGAGCGAGAAGCAGCAAUUGAAGACAAUCAUCACAGACGCCGCAGUACGACGAUUCCAGUGCCAACGAGCGUACCUGAGAGCGCAUGCUGGCCUGAGAUGGAUGAACUCGCGUUACAGCAUUCUGCGAGGCCAGAAACCCAACGCAAGUCACCUCGCAGCGCUACAGCAGGUGGAUGGCACGCUGCGCAAUGAGCUCCUCGCCAUCACAGACACCUACGUCGAAAGCUCACUCCGCAACCAGGACGCAGCCCAGGGCAAGUGGCUCAACGAAGAUCCAUCACUCUCACAAAUCCAGCAGGCGCUCAUGCGCCGAUGA